CUCCUCCGGUUUUGACGUUAGCGGGCAAGGUAGCUAGCUGCUAAUAUUGUCCCUCAAUGAUUGUGCAAUUCUAAUUUUUGGAGAUCUUAUUAAAAAUGAAUACAAAACGCUUAAAGUCUGCCUGAACUAUUAUAGUAACUCUUGCGUCGCAUCAGAUAACUAUUUAAGUCUUAUGUAAGCCACCUGCUAGCAAGUGUUGGCUAAUUAUAUUAUUUGUAAACUAUGGCAAGUGCAGCAAAUGCAAACCUAAACGCAGUCCGGGAGACAAUGGAUGUGUUGUUGGAGAUCUCCAGGUUGCUGAACACUGGUUUGGACAUGGAGUCUCUGUCUAUAUGUGUGAGACUGUGUGAGCAGGGCAUCAACCCAGAAGCUUUGUCUGCAGUCAUUAAAGAACUGCGUAAAGCUUCUGAAUCCCUCAAGGCUUCCGAAAACUGCACCAACUGAAGUUGCACCCUGAUCAACUCAGAUGGGGAACUUUGAUGGGAUCAUGCCCCAUUGCUGGAUCUGUACCUACCAUGGACUCGCCAAUCAGAUUUGUCUGAGUGUUGGCACACUGUCCCCUCACUUUGUGACUAACUGCUCCUGUUUUUUGCUUUUACUUGUGUCUCAGUUUUUUUUUUUUUUUAAAGGUAUGAACCUCCAGUCCUCUUCCUAAACAAUAUUCUUCUCCUUACAUAAGCGUGAGCUCAUACAUUCUGCCUCAAAUUUGGGUUUGCUCCAAGUCCCUCCUGCUAUUUGUAAAGUGUAAACUGAGAGUGGCGUUAGCAUUGACAUCCUGCCUUAAUUUAAAAGCAUACCUCUCAUUUCUCUCAGUCAACUUGUGUUGCACUUUUCAUAAGAAAAUGGUUUUUUUAUGUGAAUUGUAUAUAAUUAGUUAUGAAUUGUUUUUAUUUUACAACUUAAUCCUUUUGUCAUUUCCAUUGUCCAUGUAACCAUCAAUGAGGGACCUACAUCUAAAUUUAAAUGUUACAGUUGACGGCCACAAGGUGGUGUUGUGCCAUACUUAUUCUAGUCUGAGGUAUAGGUAUUCAUUGAGUGUUAGGUUUUAACUGCAAGUUUCCUAUCUCGUGAGUUUUCCUGAUGUUUAAGAGAAAUGAAAUUCUGUGAUCUUAUCAGGUUCUCUGUGAAUCAGAUAUACCGUAUUUAUUUACCAGGACAGUGCUGUUUUUUUCUGUGUUGUCUUGAUCCUGUUAUAAAAUGUUGCAAAGCAUUUUUCCACAGUGAAUCAUAAAGGUUUCAGAUUUUUACAAUGGAAAUGCUCUUUCCUGUCACACUAGGUGAAAGAGACAUAGAUUGAGGUAGAACAUUUCACAAUAAUACAGACGGAGACCAUGCAUGGGUGAUCACAUCAACGUGUAUUAAAGAGAAGACAUUAACAAGGGUCAUUCUUUACAGCAGGACGUCCUGUUGAACUGAAAUCCUUGCCCCCUUUAUGUUUGUACUCUAUCCAGAAAAGUAUUUGAUAUAUUGCAAACUUUACAGAAAAAAAACAUGUCUUUGAUCAACCAAAAAUAAAGCCCCUACAUCAUGUGUCUAACCACACAGA